AUGCUUAUCAUCGGGCUAACCGGCUCGAUCGCCACCGGCAAAUCCACCGUCUCGACCAUCCUUUCCUCCCCUCCAUACUCCCUCCCCAUCAUUGACGCCGACGUGCUCGCCCGCAAAGUCGUCGAACCCGGCACCGCCGGCUACAAGGCCAUUGUCGACUACUUCAGCUCAACCACCCCGGAUCUCCUUGUCGAAAAUGCGCCCACCGUCUCACCCCACGGGAAACCCUUGAACCGGCCCGCGUUAGGCCGGCGAGUCUUUGGUGACUCGGAGGAGCGUAAACGCGAUCGGCAAGUUCUGAAUCGCAUCGUCCACCCCGCCGUCCGAUGGGAGGUCUACAAGUCUUUAAUCUACCACUACCUGCGUGGACAGUGGGCGGUCGUCCUAGAUGUUCCCUUGCUUUUCGAGAGCGGGAUGGAUCUCAUCUGUGGAACCGUCAUCGUGGUCGGCGUGCAUGACCCGGCCAUUCAAAUGACACGACUGCGCGCACGCGAUGCCCAUCUCACGGCGGAAGAUGCGGAGAACCGUGUACGCAGUCAGGGUGAUGUGCGGACGAAAGCGGCGCAGGCAGAAUUCCGGGGCACCACGUCGGCACGGGGCGUCGUGGUGUGGAACGAUGCUGAUAAGGUUGAACUGGAGGCUGCGGUGAAACAGGCCAUGUCUAGUAUCUCUUCGUCGAGUCCGCGAUGGUGGGCGUGGACCUUGUUGCUUGCUCCGCCUCUGGGGGUUGGGGUAGCAGCGUGGAAUCUGAUGGUCAAUUUUGCGACGCAGAAAGGUUGGGAACAGAAGAAAAGGGAAGAAAAGUCGAAGCUGUAG